GCUGGCCGCAGCUCCGUUGCACCCGGCGCCCACCCCAGAGCCGGCUGCAGCUCCGUUACACGUGGCCCUGGAUGCCCACCCCAGAGCUGGCUGCAGCUGUGUUACGCCCGGCCCCCAGGGCCUACCCCAGAGCUGGCCGCAGUUCCGGUAUACCUGGCUCUGCUGCCAAAUCCAGAGCUGGCUGCAGUUCCAUUGCGCUCGGCCCACGGCGCCCACCCCGAGCCAGCUGCAGCUCUGUUACACCCGGCCCCUGAUACCCACCCCAGACCUGGCCGCAACUCUGUUACACCUGGCCCCCGGCACCUAUCCCAGAGCUGGCUGCAGCUCCAUUAUACCCAGCCCCGAAGCCCACCCCAGACCUGGCUGCAAUUCUGUUACACCUGCCACUGGCACCCAUCGCAGAGCUGGCUGCUGCUCCGUUACGCCCAGCCUCUGACGUCCACCCCAGACCUGGCCGCAAUUCCGUUACACCUGGCCCCCAGCACCUAUCCCAGAGCUGGCUGCAGCUCCAUCAUACCCAGGCCCUGGCACCCAUCCUAGAGCUAGCAGUAACUCCAUUAUACCCAGCCUCUAAUGCCCACCCCAGAGCCAGCUACAGCUCCAUGACACGUGACCCCCCCCCAGCACCCACCCCAGAGCUGGCCACAGCUGUUUUACCUGGCUCCUGGUGCCCACCCCAGAGCUGACUGCAAGUAAGAUACACCUGGCCCCCAGUGCCUCCUCUGCAGCUCUGUUACAUGCAAUAGUCAGCACCCACCCUAAAGCAGGUUGCAGCUCUGGCCCCCAGUGCCCACCCCAGAGCCAGCCGCAGCUGUGUAGCACCCAGUCCUCAGCAUAGACUCCAGAGCUGGCCACAGCUCCAUGACACCCGCCCCAGAGCUGGCUGCAUCACCGUGACACCCAGUUCCUGGUGCUCACCCCAGAGCUGGCCACAGCUCCAGUCUCACCUGCCGUCUCCUCCAUGCAGAAGGACGCCUCCCUGAAGACCCCAGAGCGGCUGGAGCAGCGCCUGAAGCAGUCGGGCAAGCGGAAGCGGGGCGAGGGCAGCGGCUCAGAGGAUGGGCCAGGCCGUGCGGGCAGCUCGGAGAAGGGCCGCGGGCGGCGCCCGGGGGACCGGGCUCUACGCAAGCCGGGCAAGCGGCGGAGGAAAGAGUGUGAUGCCGAGAGCGACCCUGAGGAGCAGGCCUCCGCCGAUGAACUGGACCAGUCGUUCACUGUCUCCGCCAGCAAAGGCCCGGGCCCUGGCGGUGCGGUGAACGGGACGCGGGAGGCCAAGCUCUCAGUCAUCCCCAAGGUGUCGGGCCUGGAGCGGAGCCAGGAGCGGAGCUACGAGGCCGACCGGGACGCCCUGCUAGUGCCUUUCCUGCCCAAGGAGCCCCUGGCCUUCCAGUUCCACCAGCACAACCACCAGCACCAGCACACGCACCAGCACACGCACCAGCACUUCACCCCCUUCCCGCCUGGCGUGGUGCCCGCUCCCGCCCCUGCCCCCGCCAUGUUUGAAAAAUACCCAGGCAAGAUCGAUGGGCUGCUACGGCAUAACUUCUAUGCUACCUUCCCCUCGGCCAUGCCUGGGAUCCCACCUGUCCUGCCCCCCACCGUGUCCUUUGGGUCCUUGCAGGGGGCCUUCCAACCCAAGAGCACUAACCCGGAGCUGCCCUCACGCCUGGGCACCGUCGCCCCCAGCCUGUCCCAGAAGGGAGCGCAGCUCACGGACCCCUUCAGGCCCACACUGCGGAAGUCGGGCAAGUGGUGUGCCAUGCACGUCCGUGUGGCCUACAUGAUCCUUCGACACCAGGAGAAGCUUAAGCUCAUGCAGGGCGACCCCCACAAGCUGGAUUUCCGGAACGACCUCAUCACCUGCCUGCCGGGCACUGGGGCCUUUGGGACCCUGGCGCAUGGCCCUGAACUCACCCGCCCAGCCACCCUCUUCACCCCUGCAGGUGCUGUCCACCCGGGCUCCGCCACCCACUUUGGGCCCCCCGGUGCCCCUCCUGGCGCCUUCCUGGGCCCCAGCGCACACAUCGACCCCUUCAGCCGACCAGCCAGCUUCUCGGCCCUGGGAGCACUGUCCAAUGGGGCCUUUGGGGGCCUAGGGAACCCCACCUUCAGUGAGUCUGGGGGUAGAGUUAUGCAAAUCAAGCCCUGCCUCCAUCACAUGGGUGGAGCCCUGGGGGUGUGGCUUAUAGGGAAGGGGGCUGUGCUGGUGUGGGUGGAUGCUCUGAGGUCACUUGGGGAUUGUGUAGGGAGUGGGGCUUAUGGAGUGGGGCUGUGGUGGAGUGGGUGGAGUCUAUGGGGGUCAUGGAGGUGGGGCCUAAGAGGGAGAGGGGUGGGGCUUGUCAGUGGAGGCCAGAACUCUUUCAGAGAGUGGGUGGGGCUUGUGGCAGGGGGGCAGUCUCUCCCAGAGAGUAGGCGGAGUUUCCUUAGGUGAGGGGAAGUGGAAAGGAUAGGACUGGAGAGUGGAAUGCUCUGGGGGUGGAGCUUAGGGAAGAGAGGGCGGAGCUAUCUCCUGCCCAGGAGUGGGCAGAGCCACUGACGCAUUCAGUAGGAUGGUACUUGACAAGGGGUGGGGCCUGAUCUUAAGGGGCGGGGCCAGCUGUAGUGGAAAGA